AUGGCCCAUAAUGCCAAGAACAAACUCGUCUUUGUCGAUGGAACUCUAAAGCGACCAUCCGAAGCUCAAAUUUCCAACCUUUGGGAUAUUUGCAGUGAUAUGGUUCUUUCUUGGCUCUUAAAUUCCAUCGAUAGGCACCUUAGACAAAGUUUGAUCUACUGCACCAAACCUUCUGAUGUAUGGACUGAUCUGGACAACCGAUUCUCUCAAAGCGAUCACCCCCGUCUCUACCGCCUCCAACAUGAUUUGGCUAACCUCAAACAAAAUGCCAUGUCCGUCACCACAUACUACAAUACAAUUAAAAGAAUCUGUGAUGAGAUCAAUGCACUAACCGAUGCCAACCCCUGCACUUGUGAUGCUCGCAAAAAGGCCGAAGACACAGCCAACACCGAACGACUCUUUCAAUUCCUUAUGGGCCUUAAUGACUCCUUCUCCAACAUUCGAAGCCAAAUUCUCGCCAUGGACCCCCUGCCCACAAUCUCUAGAGCAUAUGCCACCAUACACCAAGAAGAGACACAACGCCUCUUACAAAUUCCAUUGUUACCAAAUCCCGAAAACUCGGCCAUGGUUGUCUCACGCACCAAUUCUUCGGUCAAUCACGAUUUCCGUUGCACAAAGUGUGGGAAAGAUGGACAUCAAGAAGCCUCCUGCUUUGAAAUCAUUGGCUACCCUUCCCAUUGGAACACCAAUAAGCCAAAGCAACCCCUGCGGUCCGCACCUGUCAAAAACUGGCCACAGGAUUUAGGCAGUAAUCGACCACCCACAGCGAACAUGGUGUCCCGUACCUCAGCCCCUUCCACGUCGAGUGCAAUCCAUGGCUUAUCUGACGAGCACUACCGUCAAUUGAUGGAAAUGUUGGAAACCAGCACCAUUGCACACUCGGCCUUCUCUGGUAUCUCUUUAUCACCUCCCCAAAUCGCCCAGGACCUACGCACGAGGAAGUUGAUUGGGAUGGGUGAAGAACGUGGAGGCCUCUACCAUUUUAAACCGUUUAAUCAUGUUGCAUUUCAACUCACAGCGAAUCUUGUAGCCACACCGGACCUAUGGCAUCUUCGUUUAAGUCAUCCUUCAAAUUCUUGUGUUCCAAAAAAUUUAUGUGAUUCAAAUAAAGGCGGAUAUUCCACACCCUCUACAACUGGUGCACACUAUUUUCUCACAAUUGUUGACGAUUUUUCACGUGUUACUUAG